CGGAGAGGGAGGAUGGAGGGAGAAAGAGGGAGGCUCUCGGCAUCUCCAAAAGGCGGCCCGAUGAGGGGGUGAGGGGCUCGAGAGCAGUACAGUAGGAGGAGAAGAAGAAGAGGAGAGAUAGAAAGGGGAGGUUAGAUCAGAACAGGAGAAGAGCGUCUUUGAGCGUCAGGAAAUAUAAACAUGUAUUAUUAUUAUGAAGAGUAAGGAAAGUUUGGAUGGCAAAGAUAGCUUCAUGGAAAAAGAGGAGGAAGCUCUCGGUGAUUCUUCUUCUUGUGUUCUGUGAGGAAGCACCAUGUUCUCCGACAGCAGGGCUCCAGCACCGGGGGAGCAGAAAGCCUUCAAGCCCCCCCACGCCCCUCACUUCAUCCCCUGGCUACGCAACAGCCUGAAGCCCCAGCAUGGCGGCGGCGACCUCAACGGACCGUAUAAACCGGGCACCAACAACCGGACCUCGCUGGAGAAAACCAAAGGGAUCGGGUUCUUCUCCAAGAAAGGGGACGUUCGGUGCAGCAACGGGGUGGCGAGGAUGCUUCCCGUGGUUCUUCGGGGCCACAACAUCUUAAAACAGAGGGAGGACAGUCCGGCGAGGUGGACCCAGUCUCCAGAGCUGGAUCCCCUACCCAGCAAAGAGGACACAGCUCCAGGUACGAUCUUGGUCCAGGACAACACCACCUUUGUGAGGAACCACCUGAGCGAAGGGACUCCAGUCAGGAAGUACGGUCCUCUUGUAAGACCGACUCCUGCUCCUGUAAUCGAGGAGCCGAACUGUAACAAGGGGCCCGUUGUGGUGGACUUGGAGCUCAGGAAAAGGUAUGCAUCCACCCUCCGUCGCAAGAGAGACCUUCACUCCUCUAGCUGGGCCAGUCCGGACACUCAGAUCGAGAGGCAGCAUGGCUUCACCUCCAGCUUCAGCUACAUCCAGCAGCAGAGCAAGAGCCAGAGGGACCUCAGGGACCCGGUUGAGGGUUUCAACGGGCCCCUCAACGGGGUCAUCUUCUCCACGGAGGUCCCUCAGAGGGGCACAGCAACUCUACGAGCUCCCAGCAAGCCUCGACCCAGCGGAGAGAGCAUGAAGGGUCAGAACCAGACGUGGGUUCAGUACAAGCAGAGUCACGAGGCGACGGCGCAGAGGAAGGGGUCCGGCGGCACCAGCAGCAGGAAGGUGGUCCGAAACCAGAUCAAACGCGUGGUGGAAAACCUGGAGCAAGUGCUCACAGCGCUGAGGGACGUUCACCAGGAAAUGAGAGAGGUGGUGCAGCAGAUCGACUCUCUGACCUCCUCUAUUGACCUGAAUUCGGAGGGGGCUGAAGGAGACGACAGCAGCUCCAACUCAGGCUCCAUCUCCAGCGAAGUGACGGCAAUCAGCACCAAUCAGAGACCUCCAGAUCCCGGAGACCCGCCCUCCUGCAGGAGAGACCCUCACAUCAGGAGUAAAUCCCCUCCUAACAUCAGGAGUAAAUCCCCCCCUAAUAUCAGGAGUAAAUCCCCCCCUAGCAUGCAGCUGUGCCCGGUGAACUCUGCCUUUUCAGACAGGGGUCGAACUCUCCGGUUCACCUGCAGUUUGGGUUUUUCUCCCAGACAAGGUGGGCCGUUACACAACAAUAAUCCCUCUCAAAACGUCCCCUCACAUGACGUCCAUUUGUCCCCGCAAAGACACCUCCCUGUCCGGCCUCCUACUCCAGGACUCUCCCCUCUUACGGUGAACCUCCAUCACCACAACAGCCCUGGAUCUCACUCCCCGAAUCCUUCACCACUUUCUCCAAACCCACCCGCCGCUCUGAGUCCAUCUGUCAUUGAAAAGGACAAACUCGGGACCCCACAAAGUGACCACCCAUCUGCCGGUCUGCACUCAAAAUCUGCACCACAACCUCCAUCUGCCCCUGCAACCCAAGCUAAACCUCCCAAAGGUCGCAGGGGUCGCAAACCUCCUCCAUACCCCCACCUCAGACCCUCAGAACCCACGCAGAAAAAAGUGCCGGAGCCCCGAGCAGCUCCCCCGUACCCUGAGAAAAGGCUCUCGACCACAGUGUGAGACAACGGGAGAGAGGGGGGAGGCUGAUCGACAAAAAAAAGCUGCAACAGUGGAGGUGAUUCAAGGCUCGCCACGUUUCCAAGGUGACAGGAUGCAGACGCAACUCAGGCUCCUGGGAGACUCAAACGGAGACACAAACGUCUCCAGCUCCAGAGACAGACGAGAGGAUCCAAACUCCAACAAAAAAAGGGCAACGAGCCGAAGACGAGAAGGACGAUGAGGAAGAGGAGCAUGAGGAAGAACAUGUGCCGUGGCUAAUGACAGAGCGUCAGGCCUGCCCUUGCUGGGGGAAGGAGGCGUGUCGAGGAACAUCAGAGUGGCUGGACCUCCGCUCAGUGACCGAGCUGCAGACAUUAACCUUCCUCCUUCAUGAUGUGCAGAGACAGGUUCACUUCCAGGAGAAAUAAAAGCUUUUUUGACCGUCUGGUGCCCGGCGUUGCUUUGUCAGAGGUGGGACCAGAUGAUUAAAUUCAACUUUGAGAGCACUGAGACCCAGGGUAGCAUCUGACCGGGUAAAUAGACAUUACUAUAGGGGAUAAAUAGUGCGAGUAAGAUAUUUAUAAUACAGGACGAUUUUACAUCUGGUUGAUCCUAUACUCCUCUAUAAAGCCUUGGUCUGUCAGGGCUGAUGACGUGCAGAUAAUAAAUGACUAGAAAGGCAAACCGUGGAUGAUCUUUCUAAAUGAAAUUGUGGUUGAAUAUCAAAAUAAGCUGCAGUUUAACAUCAAACAGAUGCAAACAGUGGUGCAGAGUACAGUUCAUAUGUAUAGGAAUAAAUAGUGAGGAUUAGAUGCUUACAAGACAG